CGCCCCCGACGGCGGGGCCCCGCCCCUCCCCCAACCGCCCGACUAGCAUGGUGCGGCGGCCGUGCGCGCCGACAUGGGGGAGAAGCUGGAGCUGAGGCUCAAGUCGCCCGUGGGGGCCGAGCCCGCCGUCUACCCGUGGCCGCUGCCGGUCUAUGACAAACACCACGAUGCUGCUCAUGAAAUCAUCGAGACCAUCAGAUGGGUCUGUGAAGAAAUCCCGGAUCUCAAGCUUGCUAUGGAGAAUUACGUUUUAAUUGACUACGAUACCAAAAGCUUUGAGAGUAUGCAGAGGCUCUGUGACAAGUACAACCGGGCCAUCGACAGCAUCCACCAGCUGUGGAAGGGCACCACACAGCCCAUGAAGCUGAACACACGGCCGUCCACGGGGCUCCUGCGGCACAUCCUGCAGCAGGUCUACAACCACUCAGUGACCGACCCUGAGAAGCUCAACAACUAUGAGCCCUUCUCCCCAGAGGUGUAUGGGGAGACCUCCUUCGACCUGGUCGCCCAGAUGAUCGAUGAGAUCAAGAUGACCGAAGAUGACCUGUUCGUGGACCUGGGCAGUGGGGUGGGCCAGGUCGUGCUGCAGGUUGCUGCGGCCACCAACUGCAAACAUCAUUAUGGUGUAGAGAAAGCUGACAUCCCAGCCAAGUACGCGGAGACCAUGGACCGAGAGUUCAGGAAGUGGAUGAAAUGGUAUGGAAAAAAGCAUGCAGAAUACACACUGGAGAGGGGGGACUUCCUCUCGGAGGAGUGGAGAGAACGGAUUGCUAACACAAGUGUUGUAUUUGUGAAUAACUUUGCCUUUGGUCCUGAGGUGGAUCACCAGCUGAAGGAGCGGUUUGCAAACAUGAAGGAAGGUGGCAGAAUCGUGUCCUCGAAGCCCUUUGCGCCUCUGAACUUCAGAAUAAACAGUAGAAACUUGAGUGACAUUGGCACCAUCAUGCGCGUCGUGGAGCUGUCGCCGCUAAAAGGCUCCGUGUCGUGGACGGGGAAGCCAGUCUCCUACUACCUGCACACCAUCGACCGCACCAUACUUGAAAACUAUUUUUCUAGUCUAAAAAAUCCAAAACUCAGGGAGGAACAAGAGGCAGCUCGGCGCCGGCAGCAACGGGAGAACAAGAGCAACACAACCACGCCCACCAAGGUGCCCGAGAGCAAGGCAGCUGUGCCCGCGGACACCCCCGUGGACUCUGGUGCUGAGGAAGAGAAAGCUGGGACGGCCGCUGUCAAGAAGCCAUCUCCCUCCAAGGCCCGGAAGAAGAAGCUGAACAAGAAGGGCCGGAAGAUGGCGGGUCGGAAGCGCGGGCGCCCCAAGAAGAUGAGUGCCACCAACCCCGAGCGCAAGCCCAAGAAGACCCAGAGCGCACUGGACCUGCUGCACGCCCAGACUGUGUCACGAGCGGCCUCCCCAUUGCCGCAGGAUGCGCACAGGCCACCUCACAGCCCAUUCUACCAGCUACCUCCCAGCGUGCAGCGGCCUACCCCCGAGCAGCUGCUGCUGGCACCCACCCCGCCCGCCCUGCACAGGCUGCUAGAGUCCUUCAAGAUUCAGUACCUACAGUUCCUGGCAUACACGAAGACCCCUCAGUACAAGGCCAACCUGCAGCAGCUGCUGGACCAGGAGAAGGAGAAGAAUGCCCGGUUGCUAGGCGCAGCGCAGCAGCUGUUCGGCCACUGUCAAGCUCAGAAGGAGGAGAUCAAGAGGCUCUUCCAGCAGAAACUGGACGAGCUGGGAGUGAAGGCGCUGACCUACAACGACCUGAUCCAAGCACAGAAGGAGAUCUCGGCUCAUAACCAGCAAUUGAGGGAACAGACAGAGCAGCUGGAGAAGGGCAACCGGGAGCUGAGGAGCCAGAGCCUGAGACUGCUCAAGGCACGGUGUGAGGAGCUAAAGCUGGACUGGUCCACGCUGUCCCUGGAGAAUCUGCUGAAGGAGAAGCAGGCCCUGAAGAGCCAGAUCUCAGAGAAGCAGAGGCACUGCCUGGAGCUGCAGAUCAGCAUUGUGGAGCUAGAGAAGAGCCAACGGCAGCAGGAGUUGCUGCAGCUCAAGUCCUGUGUGCCGCCUGAUGAGGCGCUGACCCUGCACCUUCGUGGAAAGCCAGAGGCCGAGCCUGGCCGGCUGCACUUAGAGCUGGACUGUGCCCGCUUCUCCCUGCCGCCCUUCAGCAGCUUGAGCCCCGAGCUCUCCAUGAAUGGCCACGCGGCCGGCUAUGAGCUCUGCAGCGCACUGGGUCGGCCCUCGCCCAAGCAGAACACCCCCCAGUACCUGGCCUCCCCACUAGAUCAGGAAGUCGUGCCCUGCACCCCCAGCCACAGUGGCCGGCCACGACUGGAGAAGCUGUCUGGGCUGGCCCUGCCUGACUACACCAGGCUAUCCCCUGCCAAGCUGGUGCUGCGGCGCCAUCUGAGCCAGGACCACACGGCCAGCGGCAAGGCAGCUGCCAGUGAGCUGCACCCACGAGCCGAGCAUGCCAAGGAGAACGGGCUCCCUUACCAGAGCCCUGGCAUCACCAACGGCAUCAAGCUGAGCCCACAAGACCCCCGACCUUCAUCUCCCACGGCUUUACAGAUGGGAGAGAAGGGCCCCGAGAAGGGUGUGAAGGAGCGUGCCUACGCCAGCAGUGGGGAGGCCAUCACCAGCCUGCCCGUCAGCAUCCCGCUGAGCACCGUGCAGCCCAGCAAGCUGCCCGUCAGCAUCCCUCUGGCCAGCGUGGUGCUGCCCAGCCGCGCCGAGAAGGCGAGAAGCACACCCAGCCCUGGGCCACCGGCCCGAGAGUCGUCAUCCACGCUGGAGAAGCAGGUGGCUGCUAACACCCAUGGUACCGGGGGCAGUGCUUCCGGGAGCAAGAGCCUCGUCCUGGCUCCCACAGGAUAUGCAUACACCGGCUCGGUGGCCAUCAGUGGGGCCCUAGCAGGCAGCCCGACACCCCUCGGCCCUGGAACCGAGCCCCCAGCCCUGGACGAGUCCUCCAGCUCUGGAAGCCUCUUUGCCACCGUGGGGUCCCGCAGCUCCACCCCGCAGCACCCGCCCCUGCUGACGCAGCCACGUGCCUGUGGCUCGGCCUCACCGGCCCCCCAGCUCUCCGCCAGCCCCCGGCUAGGCGCCCUGGGCCCGCUUCCUGACUCUGGCAAAGGGGACCUGCCCUGUGAGGCCAGCUUCUCAGACCCUGAGAGCGAAGCCAAGAGGAGGAUCGUCUUCACCAUCUCGGCAGGCGCCAGCAGCGCCAAGCAGUCACCUUCCAGCAAACACAGCCCUCUGCCUUCGGGUGCCCGCGGGGACGGUGGCCAGGGCCAUGGGCCAGACAGCCGCAAGCGGGGCCGGAGGAAGCGGGCAUCAGCAGGGACUCCCAGCCUGAGCUCGAGUGUGUCCCCCAAGCGCCGGGCCUUGCCAUCUGUUGCUGGGCUUUUCACGCAGUCUUCAGGGUCCCCCCUGAACCUCAACUCCAUGGUCAGCAACAUCAACCAGCCCCUGGAGAUCACAGCCAUCUCGUCCCCUGAGAGCUCCCUAAAGAGCUCACCCGUCCCCUACCAGGACAACGACCAACCACCCGUGCUCAAGAAGGAGAAGCCCCUGAGCCAGACCAAUGGCGCCCACUACUCCCCGCUGACCUCGGAUGAGGAGCCAGGCUCUGAGGAUGAGCCCGGCAGUGCCAGAAUUGAGAGAAAAAUUGCAACAAUCUCCUUAGAAAGCAAGUCUCCACCAAAAACCUUGGAAAAUGCAGGUGGCAGCCUAACGGGAAGGAAGGCACCGCUGGCCAGCGAGCCGGUCAACAGCAGCAAGUGGAAGUCCACCUUCUCGCCCAUCUCCGACCUGGGCCUGGCCAAGGCAGCCGACAGCCCGCUGCAGGCUGCCUCCGCUCUGAGCCACAACUCCCUGUUCGCUUUCCGGCCCGGCCUGGAGGAGCCCAGUGCGGCCGAUGCCAAGCUGGCCACCCACUCCAGGAAGAGCUUCCCGGGCACACUGCCGGGGGCGGGCGGGCUGAGCCCCAGUAGCCUUCCUGCCAGCAGCUUCGCCCUGGGCGGGGGCCUAGCAGCUGACCUCAGUUUACACAGCUUCAGUGAUGGUGCUUCUCUCUCCCACAAGGCCCCCGAGGCAGCUGGCCUGGGUGCCCCCCUGAGCUUCCCUGGCCCACGGGGCAAGGAGGGUGGCGCUGCAGAGUCUGGCCCCUUUGCGAACAAGCGGCAGCUGGACGGACUGGGCCCGAAAGGCGAGGGGGGCCUUCCCACGUGCGGACCCCCAGACAAGGCCUCAACAGCGCAUAGCAAGGCCGGCAAGGGUCGCGAACGCGAGCCCGAUGUCAAGAACGGCCACAACCUGUUCAUGGCCGCCGCCGCCGCACCCCCUGCGGGCCUCCUCAGUGGCCCAGGUCUUGCCCCAGCGGCAUCCUCGGCAGGUGGCGCAGCCCCGUCCGUGCAGACCCACCGCCCCUUCCUGGGCACCUUUGCCCCCGGGCCACAGUUCGCGCUGGGCCCUAUGUCGCUACAGGCCAACCUGGGCCCGUCUGUGCUGCAGUCCCUGUUCAGCUCCGUGCCCGCCGCCGGCCUGGUUCACGUCUCGACCGCCGCCACCAGACUGACCAACUCGCACGCCAUGGGCAGCUUCUCCUCCGGGGUGGCCGGCGGCGCAGUUGGAGGUGUCUUUAACCACGCGGUGCCUCCCGCCUCCGCCCAUCCGUUUGGAGCCAGUUUCGGCAGUGGGGCUGCAUGUGGCAGCGCCACGCUGAGCUUAACCCCGCUGCAGGCGGUGGCCAGCCCCCCGGCCUCUUCCUUUCAGGCCCCGUCCUCUGCGGAGCCGAGGCCGCCCCCACCCCCUCCGCACCUGGGCCAGCCCCCUCCGGGGCAGCCCGCCCUCCAUGCACCCCCCCAUCCUAACACCACCUUGCCUUCUCCCCCUGCGCUGCUCCCAGCUAACUCUGAGCCCGUGCUUCUGCAGAACCUCGCAUCCCUCCCUGCUAACCAAGCUUUCUUACCCGCCUCUUCUGCUGCCUCUCUGCCGCCUGCUAACGCCUCUCUGUCCAUCAAGCUCGCCUCCCUCCCGCACAAGGUGUCCCGCCCCUCCUUGACGGUGCACCACCAGCCCCUGCCUGGGCUGGCCCUGGCCCAGGCCACGCCCGUGAACCCACAGGCCAGCUCCACGGGGCCGCCCGCCGUGUGGGUUUCCCUUGGCAUGCCGCCUCCGUAUGCCGCGCGCCUUGCGGGGGUUAAGCCGCAAUAAAGACCUUGCUUAGCUAGCAGUUCGUAUUCUGUAAGGUAAGGCUAGAGCCCGACUAGGUGGCCGUGCUUCCCUUUGCAGAGAACAGGUGGGCCGGCGGGGCUCCUGGAAGGUCACGGGGCCAAGGCUGUGCUCCCACGACCAGGAGGCUAGGAGGCGUGAAGGCAGAGAGCCAGUGCAGCAAGGGAACCAGGGCAUGGCUGGUCCCACUGCCUGCGGCCCCGCACCCUAGGUCUCCCAGGGAGAGCACCAGGAGGAGCAGGACCAAGGUGGUGUCCUCCCUGUUGAGCCCAGCCUAAGCUUGCCACCACCCUGGGCUUGGGUGUGGCCGCUGGGGGCCCGGGCAGCUCCCGUGUGGGGCCAUGGGGGCCAUGGAGAAGCUCAGCGGUGCCUUUUGUGUGCUCGGGCCUGUCACCCAGUGCUUGAACGCGCCUCAUAGGGUUUUAGGAAAACUCUAUGCACUUAAGGCCCCUGGUGCACUGCAGGCCUUCAGAGCAUGGUCAUCUGGUGGGCUCCUUAGCUAAAGGGCCUGCCGUGGGGGCCUAGGGGCGGCAGGGUGAAUGUGGCACCAGCCACAGGAAGGAAGGCCUGGUGGGUGGGCAGUGUUCUGUCGUAUGACUGAGGCCCGGCCACUCCCAGUGCCGCACCCACAUCCCCAGGGUGAGGUCUGGAGCAGAAAUGGGGCUUCAGGGCUGGGCUCAGGAUCUGCCUAUGUCCUCAGCUGUGUGUCGUGUGUUUAAGUGGAAACGAAUGGGCAGCUGCUGGAGUCCAACGGCCUCCUGGUCAGGGUCUGCAGACAGCCUUACUUGAGGCCUGGGGCCGGGGCUGUGCCUUGGUAGUUGGAAAAACCCAGAAGGUGAGGCUGCUCAGCGUGCAGCGGCCGCCGGCCAUCAGAGGAGCUAGAGAGGGCAGCUGAGCACAUGGAGGCCAGGUCAGGCCCAUGGUUGACACUGCUUCCCCUGCUGCCUGGGCCAGUCUCCAGGGGCACGUAGGCUUGCCAGGCUGUUCACAGGCCUCUGGGAGCACUGCCCAACAGGGGACCUGGGGACGGGCCUAGGGUGUGGCUCAGGGUCCUACGGCCACCACGUGCGUCGUCUGUCGGUCCGUCUGUCCGUCGGCGGCUCUGGCUCCCGACUUGGGGCAGCGCCGGGCCGUGUGGGCGAGGGGCUAACGCUGUGCCGCCUUUCUUCCCACGCGUGUCCGCAGGUAACUAGGAUUUCUACCUCAACCGCGAGACUAUGCAAGGGCGGGCUGGGCCGGCGGCGCGGGGCCCCCCACGGGACGGCGAGGACGGAUGGAGGCCAGAGAACAGGCUCUACUGUGAAUCAGCGCCGCGCAGACCUGCGGAGACGGCUCGCUGGGGCCCAGCUCCAGCCUGUACUGUCCAUAGUUUUAGAUAAAGUAUUUAUCGUUUUUUAAAAAGUAUAAACAACUUUGACUUAUUUUAUUCCACCGAAGCCGUAAAGGCAACCUAUUGAGAGAUGUAGAUACUAUAUGUGAAAGGAUCUAUGUAAAGACGUCCAUCCGCCCGAGGACUGGCCGCUGCGGGGACCGCCAGCCGCCCGGUGCUAUCUCGUCGCAGGCCGGCCUCCACGCUCUUGGUGCUGACUCUCGGGGUUGACCAAUGCCGACGCCAGGCCCUGUGCCCGCCCUGUUUAUCUAACGCUCUUCCUAUACCAAAGGCCCCAGCUCCGGGUGGAGGCCCGCCCCGCCUCGCACUGUGAACGGCCUCGCUCGGCUCCUGGGUCCACAUCACGCCUUUGGCAUAGGAAUGGUGGCCGCGCGGCCAGGCUGCAGCGGGGUGCCUCGAUGGGGGGACCCGUUUGAGUGGUGCUCGCGAGGAGGGUCUGGAACCCGCCGUGUGACAAGUGCAUUUACUUUUGUACGUCUCUGCUCGUCCGGUCCCGUGCCACGGCUGCCCAGGGAGGGUCAGCGCCGCUGGUAGCUGGGGACGGGGGUGGUUAGUCGUGGGUGCCUGGUGUGUCUACAGGGGAGUCACGCUGACGGGUGACAGUAUUUUAUAGAGAUGUGAUGAAAAUUUAUAAAUUUCAUAGACUUGACUUCAUUUAUUUUUAGACUGUAUGAUGAAUACACAGUAAACUAAAGAGAAAAAGGAAGAAAGAAAAGUGAGGGGAAACCUUGCUGUUUAUUCAAGUGCACAGAGGUGCUGGCCCAGGGCACAGCUGGCCUGCCCACCCACCACCCCGCAGCUGGAGUGACACUCUCCCCCCGCGCUCCCGCCCCCAGCAGCCACAGUAGUGCUGCGGGAGGGAUGUGGUGGGGUGGUAGGGCAGGAGGGCUGGUCCCUGAGGCUCCGAGGUGGUGGGUGGGGCUCUGUCCUCUGCACAGCGUCUGUGACUGUGCUGAGUCCUUGGUGCAGCGGUGUUGUCUGUGUGCCUCCCUGGAAGGGCCAAUGUUGGCCAAAGGUGCUGGCAGGGGGCCCAGACCCCAAGGUGGGCAUUCAGAGCCCUGUCCUCAGUUGCUCACCGCCCCCACCACCAGGUGGCACCCCCCAAGGAGAGCAGGAUGUGGGCCUCCACAUAGGGAUCUAACCUGAGCCUUCCCCAGCCUGGCCACCACCACCCACCCCUGCAGUGUGGGACCCUUUGCUGUCCCCGAGGAUCAGUAUGGUAGCUGAGCCCCAGCCCGCCUCCUCAUUCCUGGGGUGAGUCUGGAGCCAGCCUUUCUGGCAGCUGGAGGCCCCUCGAGAUACAGGCCACAGGGUCAGAGCAGGACAGUGUCCCACCUCUGGCCACCUCUGCACUGCUCAGAGCAGCAGUUGAAGCUGGAGAUGGAGCCCUCCUCCUGUGACCACCGGCCCUGCCCUGCCUUCUCCACCCCAGGUCGGUGCUCCUGGUGGGUGUGUGAUGGUGCUGUCCUGCCCUCUGCCCCCAACCCCUCUUCAAGAGGCUCCCCACCCCCAACAGAAAGCUGCGGGGCUGCCUGAGGAGCCCCAUCUGAACAAAUGACACUGUACACAAACACUGCAUGGCUUGCGGGCCACCAUGCCUUGUCUGCCCUCCAAGCUACAGGGACAGACACGUGCACAGGGCCUGCCCCACAGCGGGGCCAGCUUGGCCUCUCCACACCCACCAUCCGGCCCCAGCCCCUUGCCUGGGCCUGGGAGCCACUGCCACAGGAAGGAGGGGGCGCCAGGGUGUUGGGCAUGGGGAGGAGCCCCGCUGCUGCUGUUGACCCGGGCGCUCCACUCCACUCCAGGAAGUCCGAUGGCUACGGUCGCUUUGCUCAGGAAACCCUAACAAUGAAGACACCCUCUGGUCAGGGGACACAGCCCUCCAUUUAGCUACAAGUCAAAUCGUGACCUAUUUAAGAUUCCCCCAUUAUUUAUCCUGCCCGUCCACUGUAGGACUGUUUGUUCUCACUCACACAUCCAUCCACGCUCGCUCUGUCACACCUUGGUUUGUAAUGCAGAUGGGCUUUGCUUUGUUGUUUCGGUAGCCUGUGUUUCAGUUGGGGCGCUAACUCCCCUCGCUUCCCAAGGGAACCCCACUGCACUGCAUAUCCAUCUCUAGACGCUGUAAUAAAAUACCUGUUUUCACUUGAA